AUGACUCCCUCAAUAGUCAAAAUUCCAAGGGGGCAUAGAAAACUGUGGCUCAUUGUGGUUUUGGUGCUGAUUGGGGAGUUUCAUCGCUUUCUCCUGACGAUUAGUGCUACCGGUACAGGUACAACGCCGUCAUCUGAAGAUGUAGUGAAUUCUGUGUCGACUGUUGCCAAUGGAGCAGUAAAUCUUCGUUCUCGUUUGAAAGGGGCGGAGUGCUUAUGUUCGAGCAACAAAAAUUCUCUUAUUGAUUCACUAUCCUCAGGUGGUAAUCUUCUAAUAUGGGGCUUCGACGACGGUGACCUUUAUAAUGUCACAAAUGGAACCAUCGCUUUCCUACAUGAUGAUUCUCUUGUAACAAGCGGGAAAGCAUUCAAUGGUGGUAGCAAGAACCAGCAGUCAAAUUUUCAACUCUAUCGAACUCGAUACGGCGCCAAAAACAGCGAUGGCACUAGCACAACUGAUGAUCGGUGGCGCAUUCCAGAAACUGUGGCGAGUACAGUCUGGGAUGCAAUUGUUGUUGACAUGCAGUUUGGAUGCUUUGCAGAGGAAUCGUCAAGCAUUAAGAGUCUAGACCUAUCCGUACAGCUGGCGAAAGAUCAACUGCAAAAAAACUUGUCCAGACGCGUCCACAUCUUUGUUAACUCCAAUCGGUCGAUGGACAAAGAUGAUCUUUUGCACUUUUCCGACUAUCAGAAAAUGCCGCGGUUGCGAUCAGUAGAUGCUAAUUUCUCCCAUCCAUGUCAUCCAGCGCAUUUUGUAUUGAAGAGAAGUGAUCUUUCCUUUCCUGUGUCGGACGGAGCAUUGAAACCUUUUGAUGUAACCGCGGUGGAAAGUCCUGAUUGGACUGUCCUGGUCAUUGUGUUUGAUCAGUUCUACGAAUACUUCUUGAAUUGGCUCGCGCAUUACAAAAAGCUGAUUCUCAACCAUCUUGAUGUCGCGAUUGUAGCUGGAGACGAUUUGGUAAUGAGGAAACUUCGAGCAGAACCUCGUAUUCCUGCGCAUUUUCAUCUGGAACAUUCUAGCGUUGGAACAAAGACUGGAGGGUCUAUUCCCUCGAGCUAUGGGAGAAGUUUCGAGAAAGCGCAAGUCCAUUCAAUCUCCGAGAGGCUUGAGAGUGGCCAGAACAUCAUUUACACCGAUAUACGGACUGUUUGGCUAUCUGAUCCUGUUCCACUGAUUCAAUCUUUGCAAGAAAUCGACAUCAUUGCAGAAGCACCUGAGGCAGAAACUCCACACUACACUACACGAUUUCUGGCUAUUCGUACAAAUGAACGUACUAAAGCUUUCAUGGAGGAGUGGAAAGUAGCACUGCAAUCUUCAACAUGGAACGAAGUUACCUUCAAUAUUCUCAUGUACCGCGAACUUGUUCACCGAAUAUCAUUCCCACCGGCUGCAUUCCAAAAUGGUACCGAAUUCUGUUCUCCACUGCCAGAGCACCCUCCAGAGAAGGCUGUGGUCGUCCACAGCAUCGACAAAUCGCCUCUCUUGAAAACGAAGAUGCGAUUUCACAACAAGACACUGUGGUUGCUGGGUCGAAAUGAAAGUCUUGGAUGUGAACCGGCUUGCAAUAUUCCAUUGCUUACCAUGACGGCAACAUUGUUACCGGCCAAACCAGGAACCCAGAAGUAUGGCAUUCAAGUCAAUACACUCAAAGCAAUCACAAAGUUGCGCCCUGAGGUGGACAUUGUCGUUUUUUCCAAAUCCCAGGAAGUGCACGAUAUGUGCAGGUCAUUGGGCAUAAGAGUUGUAGACGACUUUGGCACAAAUCCCUACGGCACUCCGUUCCUGCAUUCUUUAUUUCAAAAGCUGGAAGCUGACUUUUCACAAAUGAGCACUUUCAUUGGCUAUAUGAAUGCCGACAUCAUAUUCGACUCCAAACUGGUGCUGACUCUUCGGGCCAUAAAGGAAGCGCGUGACCGUAUGGAACUGAAGCGGAGAAUUCUCCUUGUUGGACGUCGCAUCAAUGUAGACAUGCCUAUUUCAUUGUCAAAUGACCAUCCAGACAGCUUCAACAGUUCAACGGGCAUCGAUGGCUAUGUUUCGAGAUUGAAAUCUCGUGGAAAACUUUUCGGCAACAAUGCGGAAGACUUUUUCAUUGUGACUCCGGGAACAUUUGUUUGGAAGGAAAUCCCUGAAUUCGUUAUCGGUCGACCUGGAUACGACAAUUGGCUUGUGGAUUACAUGUAUCACAGGGCGAAUAGCAGUGAUAUGAUCGACGUCACAACUACAGUACCUGCGAUUCACCAAACAGGCAAAGAUGGCAAUGGUGCUGGUCAUAAGAAGAAAAAGCCUGACAGACGCUGGAAUCGGGACAGAGGUAACAAGCAGUACGAUCAUGGACGCAUCAAUUAUGCAAGAUGGAUAACAGCAUGGGGGAAAGCCAACAAUGGUGUGAUAUUGAAGAGGCGAAAAUCUAGAGAACAAGACAAGUGA